CCCCCCCCCCCCCCCUCACGCUCUUCACCGCCAUGGCCGCUCCGUCGACUGUCGGUCGGACCCCCCUCUCGGGCUUUCCUUUCUGCGCUUUCCUGCGUCAAACGGCCACCGCCAACACUCGUCCCCCGGUGGCGGUGGCCCCGGCGGCAGCCUCGGCGACGGUCCUCCCAACCGCGGCCAACGCCACAGCCCACCCGGUCGGGUGGCCGGUCUUCCAGCCGGCCACCGUGGUCGUUGGCAAUGAGUCGGCGGAUCUGGACUCGGCCGUGUCGGCCAUGUCCUAUGCAUACUACCUGCAUCAGAGCGCCCUGCACCUGGGCACCGCCGACGACCGGCCGGCCCUGCCGGUGUUGAAUGUCUGCCGGCAGGACCUUGCCCUGCGCACCGAAGUUACCUGGCUGCUGGGGUCUUUCCUCGGGCUGGCGGCCGCCGAGGGGGCUGACAGCGCGGGCACCAAGGCCUCCUUCGAGACGCUGGCCUGCCAGGACCAGGUCGACUGGACCACCAUCGCCGCCGUGCAUCUGGUGGAUCACAACCAGCCGGCCGCCCAGCAGGCGGACCUCUUCCAGGGGAAGGUUCGCUCGGUGCUGGACCAUCGCGCCGAUGGGGGCGCCUUCCCGACGGCCGCCGUGCGCGAGAUCCUGACCAUCGGCUCCUGUGCCACGCUGGUGGCUGAGCGUUUCCUCGGCCGCUCGCCGCAUACCCUGGUCCCUGGGGAAAUCUCCCGGGCCUGGCUCGAUCCGGCUCUCUGCGUGUCCCUCCUGUCGGCCAUCCUCGUGGACACGGGCAACCUGGACCCGGCGCUGGACCGGGCCACCGAGCGUGAUGUGUCGGCCGCUCGGGAUCUGGGCGAUCUUCUGCUCCGGAGCCCGGAGGCCACUGGUCUCUUGCUGGCUCAAUCGACCGUCCAACCGACCAUCCAGAAUCUCUUCCGGUCGCUUUUCGACCAGGCGCAGGCCGCCAAGUUGGACAUCUCGGCUCUGAGUGUGAUGGAUCUCCUCCGCAAAGACUACAAGCAGGUGGUCUCGGCCGGCGGGCUGACUCUGGGCGUGGCGGCUGUCGGCCUGCCUCUCGGGGACUUCCUUUCGCGCCUGGCCUCCCCCGACUCCGAGGGGGCGUUCGCUCAGACCCUGGUGGACUUUGCCACCUCCCAUGGGCUGGAUCUGCUUGGUGUUAUGACCUACUUCCCGGAGCCGACCUUCCAGCGGGGCCUCGUUCUCUAUUCGCCCUCCGCCGACACCCUGGCUCGAGCGGUCGACGCUCUGACUCUCGACCAGGACCCGAGCUUCCAGAUGAGCUCGGUUGACUUGCCGAUGGGUGCCUCCGAGCCCGGUGCCCUGGUGGUGGCCAUGAACCAGGGAAACAUCAAGCUCUCGCGCAAGCAGCUCUUCCCCCGUCUGAUCGAGCAGCUCUGAUGACGGGGGGGGGGGGGGGAC